UUUCCGUUUCCCUCCACGGCGCGCCCCCUCUUCCCUCCCCCAUUUUCAGAUCCGAAAUCCAAAUCUCCGCCCUUUAUCUCUCCUUCCGUCCGUCCCACCUCAAACCUCAUCCAUUCCCCUCCCCUCCCUCCCCCCUCCCUCCCUCCCUCCCUCCCUCUUCCCGCCGCCGCCUCCUCCUCUUCCAAACCCCUACUCCCGCCGACCGACCGAUCGAUCAACCCCGUGCUCUCUUUGUUCUGUGCUUGGCCGCGGUAGCCCGUAGGCAGCAGAGAUCUGCGGCGCGGCGGAUCGGGCACCAAACCCCUAAACCCACGACCCCCGAUCCGCGACGAGGAGCGGGUGCGGCGGCCGGAGACGCGGAUCGCCGGAGCUGAGUGGGGGCUGUGGUCGCGGAUCUGCCGAUCCUGGCGCCGGACAUGAGUUCCUCGGUCGAGAAGGGAAGCGGAUCGCUGGAUCCCGGCGAGCGCCCGGCCUCCGGCAGCCAGCCCAAGGCCUGCACCGCCUGCAACACCACCAAGACGCCGCUCUGGCGCGGCGGGCCCUCCGGACCCAUGUCUCUGUGCAACGCGUGCGGGAUCCGGUACAGGAAGAAGCGGAGGGAGGCGCUGGGCCUCGACGAGCCGCCCAAGAAGAGGCAGCCUGCUGCGGCAGCAUCCGCUGCAGUCGCGGCGGCGUGCUCGGAGGCCGGCGGCGAGAGCGCGGAGCCGGAUCAGCAGCAGCAGCAGCCCAAGAAGAAGACGACGACGACCAAGAGGGGCCGCGAGGUGGAGCUCCGUGUGGUCGGGUUCGGCAAGGAGGUGGUGCUGAAGCAGCGGCGGCGGAUGCGGCGCAGGCGGCGCCUUGGCGAGGAGGAGAAGGCGGCCAUCCUCCUCAUGGCGCUCUCCUCCGGCGUCAUCUACGGCUGAUUCAGGCCGAUCCAACCCUAGCCAGCAGCAGCAAGCGAAGAGGAAGAGGAAGAGAGAGAGAUGAGUGGAGAUCCAGAGUGUGAUUUGCUUGCUUGCUGCUUGGCUAGCAAGCAUGCAUGCAUGCGGCAUGCCCCCCCUUGUUUUUUCCUGCUAGUUUUUCCGGCUGAUUAGUUCGUCCAAAUAAUGAAUGAACGAUAUGAUGAUGCAGCUGCAGCUGCAGCUGCUCUUCUUCGUGCCAGCCUUGGCUUCGUUCCUUCUUGCCUAGUAGUAGUAGCGGCUGUGGUGUUACUCCAGUAGUAUCAGUAUCCUAGAUCUAGUAUUAGCAGCAGUAUUAGUAGUAGAGUGUGUAACAUUGCAGUGUAAGAAUCGAGGGGGAGAGCUUUAUGAAAUGACGAAACCAUCUUUGUGGCUCCA